AUUUUAUAAAAUGACUCACAUCGAUUAACAAACCCAUAAACUCGUCGCAGAACGUUUCCAAGAAACCGUUAUUAUGAUGACAGGUUACGUCACCCGGUAAAAAGCGAAAUGUCAACAAACCUAGUGAUUUUUAUCAUUUCAGAGACGUUCAGUUGGUAAUAGGUGUACGUAGUAAUAAAGGUUGGUUUAUUUCGCUGUGAAAUGUUUAAGGUUUUUCCACGAUAAAAAUCACCGUAACUUUUCUUUUAUUAACAAAGAAAAUUUCCCCUUUUUAUGUUAAUAAUGGUCAAAAAAGAAUCGUCUUAAUCAAACAAUAAAAAUAAUCUUUACAUAUUUUUUUUAAUUAAAAUUCGGGAAGAAGAAUACAAUAAGAUAAAAAAUGGGUGAAAUGCUUGUUGAAAAUGACUAUAUAGGUCAACUACCUAACGAGUUAACCUUAAAAAAAGGGGAUAUAGUUAAAGAUGUGAUACAAUGGUCCCCGGAAUGGUAUAAAGGUACUAUAAACAACAAAAACGGUCUUUUCCCAAAAAGUUGUGUCUCCACAUUAAAAGAUUCAAAAGACAACGUUAUUUUACGUCAUCACAAAAAAGAAUCUGGCAGUCGGCAAUGUCGAGUUGUCUUUAGUUACAGUCAAGAUCAUGAGGACGAGUUAAAUUUGAAAGUGGGAGAUGUAAUUGAUGUUUUGGGCGAGGAAGAAGAAGGUUGGUGGAGAGGAGUUCUAUAUGGAAAAGAGGGUGUGUUUCCCUCAAAUUUCGUCGAAGAGAUAUCACAACCAAUCAAAAUACCUACGAUGGGUAAUCCAGAAAAAAAUAUUGGAUCAACCGCCGGAGAAGUAGAGGCUAAAUCUCCUUCGUUACCUCCCAAACCAGUGAAAACACUAUGCGAAGUCAAAUACACCUAUAAAGCUCAAAACGAUGACGAAUUAACGUUAAAAGAAGGAGACUUGAUCACGUUAAUUUCAAAAGAUGGUGUUGAUGCUGGUUGGUGGAGAGGCGAGCUAAAUGGCCGAGUUGGUGUUUUCCCCGAUAAUUUCGUGGUUAUUAUCCCAACAACGUCGACAACUUCAACAAUGCCAUCAGAUGAAAAAGAGAAAGAAGUCAUCUCAAAGCCAUGGAUUUCGCCAGAUUCUACAAAACCAAUAUCCCAAAGAUCUUCGAUAGAUUCAAAAGCGAGUGAUAUUUCCAAUAAACAUCCCCCAGUUCCAGCUAAGAAACCCAAUGUUCCCAUUAAGAAAAGUCCAAGUUCUGGAGGUGGAAAUAUAUUUCAAGCCCUUAGAAAAACAUUGGAAGGAAUCGAUAAUAAAAAAGAUGUUGUAGAUGGUGGGGUAGGCAGCAAAAAUAAAUUGGAGAUGAGUAAAAAUAGUAACAAAGCAAAACGGGAGGAUGAGAAUCAAAAUGCGUUUGAUCAAGUUGAAAGGAAUUCUCUUUUAAAAGAUGUUCGAGCUGGAAGGGCGAAACCACCAUCGAGACGACCUCCAACGAACACAAAUAAAGAGGAGGAAAACAAGGAAAUUUUGAAUGAUGAUGAUAUCCCCCAUGAAACACACGAAAUUAAACCUCAAGUGAGGGAAUGGGAGCGACACAAAGCGCCGUGGUUAGAAGAAAUGAAGAUAAACCAAGCGAAAAGAUCAUCUACUUCUCCCGGACCAGAAAUUAGAAAAAACAUUGAAAUGGAGGACGUUAAAGUGGUACCAGAAAGAGAAAGUCCUCAAGAUAUGUCGAAAUCAAUGCCCGCAUUGAGUUCAAAAAGAAUAAAAUCGCCAUUAGAAAAAAUAGAAAUUGAAAAAUCUGAUCAUCAUCAAAAAGAUCAUCAUCAUCACCAUCAUCACGCAAUAAAACCAUCGAUCCCAAGACUAAAAUCAAAUGAGGCAUCUUCCCACACAGAUUCUAAUUUAAGUAACAAUUUAAAUCAUAACGUAAAUUAUAAGAAAUCGGAAGUAAUCGGUAAGUUAACGGAAUUACCACCAAAUAAUGUUGCGAAUAAUGGAGAGACGACGAUAAGUUUCACACAAUACAUCGAGUUAGCCCAAAAAGUUGAGGUUUUAGAACGAUUAGUGGAAAAACAAAAUGAAAUGAUCGCCCAACAUCAUUUAAUGCAUCAAACGCAAAUCGAAGAAUUGCGAGUUAAAUUGUCUGCGGAAAUUAAAAAAAGGUUGAUUCUUGAGGGCGAAUUUGAAAAGAUUACUUUAACGCGGGAACAUUUAAAUAUUUAAAAUGGAAUUUGUAAAAAUCCGCAAUUUUUUAUUACUUUUUGUAUAUUUCAGGUAA